GUUGGUUUGACUAUUUUUUGCAGCCUUAUCACUGAAAUACGUUAGUUACCUCACAUAAUUCCAUGGCCUUCGUUUAGAAAUUACUUUCAACAUCUCUGGAAAUCAUUUGGUAGCAAUUUUUGAUUGUCUCGAUAAACUGUGUGUUGAAAAAACGAAAGGAAAAAGACGGAAGCUGAUCAAGAGGAAAGAAAAAUUCAUUCGCAUUUCAGAAACUUGAAAUGAUAUAGUCGUAGCAAGAAUUGUUCUCUUGGUUGUAGUGGGCAACCAUACAAUGCAACCAGUUCAGGAUCGACUCGUGAAGCCCUUCGCGUGUACAUAUUGUCAGAAAUCGUUUAAAAGCUCAAACGGGCUUAAAUAUCAUUUAGAAAAGAUUCACUCUGAAGACGAUUUGAUGGAUAUGAGAAAGUUAUGCAGCCAUGAUCCAGGGACUAAUAAAGCAAAGAGUGUCCCACCGGCUCUGGAUUUGACCAAGAAUGAGGACUCGUUUUCGCAAGGGAUUUUGGCGGAGUUCGCCUUCAUCGCGACCGGUCCUCAGAGCCCUUUGGUGCAGGAGGUGUCUGGAUAUGACAACGAAAGCCCUUGCGAUCCGAUGGAUAUUGACUACAACAUCCCGAGCGUAGAGAGUGACAUCAGCACCACUAGUCCCCCACUAGACCCCCAAUGGUAUCGUUAUGCCACCCCUCCCCCUACUGCGUGGAGUUGUUUCUUGGAGGGGACGAGGAUCCAAACUGAAGGCCAAAAGGAGUGGAAAUACGCAGAGGAUUUAGGAAAUGAAGACAUUCCACAUGUCUGUCACCCUAGUGACGGACUGAGGUUAAUGUCGUAUGAAAGGCUGGUACAAGUAGUGGAUGAUGAGAAGGAAUACGUGGCAUCAUUCCACUCGACUUCCGCUGAUCAGCCCAGUUUGCGGGCCGAGGUAUCAGGCGACCAUCCCUUUUUCGUCAAAUACAAAGGCUGGUGUUCCUUCAAUCCUGACCGGACUCUCACAAAGUAUGGGAUAUUAUGCCAGAACUUAACACCUAAUGACGUAUGCCUGCCCUCCUCGCACCCUGACGUCAUGAAGGCAAUACGCAUCGGCAGAAGUAGUAAUAUGUUCGACUUCACAUACUCGGAUUCCAAUGCGGUUUUGACGCUAAGCAGUAUGAUCAAGGAUUGCCAGGAACACCGGUCGCGUCGAACCAAGCUCGGCCUCUUUUCUGCAAAGUCGAGAGUCCCAAAGACACCGUCCCAAAUACAACAGCUUAACAAGCGGCCUAUGAACGCGUUCAUGCUGUUUGCAAAGCGUUUCAGAGUAGAAAUUACCCAAGCACAUCCUGGAAAAGACAACAGGGCCAUUAGCGUGAUACUUGGCGACAAGUGGAAGUCGAUGGACGAAGAUGAUCGUGAGCAGUAUGUCCAGGAAGCAAAGCAACUGGCCGAAGAACAUAAGAAGUUCAAUCCGGACUGUUGGAAAAGAAAGCGAAGUGGGACACAGGGCCGAACAAAGUCUUCAAGCCUCAAACGCAAGAGAUUAUGAUUCUCUGAGGCCGCCACAUUUUGUAAAAAAUCAUUGAAGAUGCUUUAUAUUUAGACAGUGCAGUUAUAUACAUAUAUAUAUACAUAUAUAUAUAUAUCCAUCGAUGUAAAAAGGGGAACAGUAUUAACGGUAGUUAAAACUUUCCUUGCGCUCCACUAACUCGAAUGUGCGACAUAGCGGUAUGUAAACUUUCCAUUUGUCGUCAACGAAAUUUAAAGRCCGCGGAUGCACGCAGGCUGACAAAAUCUCGAAAUGGUAGAGGUCGUGUUUGUAGUAGUAGUGGUGAAUGCGAUGGUGGCGUGGUGUAUUGAAGGUGGUAGUCCAAUAGAAGUAGUAGUAGUAGUACAAGGGCGGAUCCAGGGUUUUUUGAAGGGGGGGUCUCAGGGGUAAAUUUUGUGGGCAAAGGAAUCCCUGUCGCAUUUUUACCACAGGAAGCCCAUUUGACCUCAGGAAUGACAGGAAUGACCCUCCCCUGGAUCCGCCCUUGUAGUAGUAGUAGUAUCUAGUGAUGAUUGUUUUCAAACCACUGUAUCGCAUGUACAAAGUAUGGAAGAAACUUUAUAUAUACUUGAUACUAUUAAUUUUUGGUCAUUUUGGUUUCAAUGGUAGUUGAAUAUCCAUCUUAGUAUUCAAAAAGAUCAUUGAAGUCUUGGUUGAAUGUAUGUACGUUUGUUAGUUGGUUUUAUACUGACAAGAACCAUCUAAUGGUUUAUAUAUUUAUGCAUGGUUAGGAGAGUGUUAAGGUAGAGGUCUGCGGUAUGGGCUUGUAACGCAUGUUGAUUAUGAUAGUGAUUGAUUGGCGUAGUCUCAUACCGACAGGGGUUGGCCGCCAUGUUUUGUCCUCCAACAUGGCUGACCGUGUAAUAAAGCCCAUACUAUCCACCACGGUUAGCACUGCUACACAUCAUGCACAUGCAUAUCACGUUGUGCGCAGAGUAUGUCAGUAGGCAAGCGAUAAGAUAAACUAUUUUAAGUUUGUGCCUAUGCAGACGGCGAAGAUGAGCUAUUACAUUAAUAGUUCCGCCAUAUUUUGUAUAUAGUUUAGAAUCCACACUCUUUACCAGCUUCGUUCUCGCUCCCUUCAUCAUACGUGUAAUCCUGCCACUAUAAUAGCUUUUGGUCUGGAUCAAGACUAUAAUUAAAGCGCGAUUAGACGGAGCAAUUUCCUCUGCAACUUGUCUCGCAGUAGCGUUGCGACGCAAGUUCAAGAGCUAGUGUUUCCACGGCGGCAACGAAGACUCAACGUUUGCCAAAAGUAGAAGCAAAUUCUACUUUUUGCAACAAUUGCUGCAACUUUUCUCAACCUUUCCUUUUUGUCAAAUUGUGCUGUAAGUUACAUGCUGCAACGCUCCAUGCAACUUGUAUCGUAACGCCCCUGCGAGACAAGUGACUACUGAAAACUGCUCCGUGGAAUCGCGCCUACUCAAGGCGCACCGAUUCAAUCUCUAAGCCUAUAGGUUGCCGCAAAAGCAAGCUAUUUGAUACAGGGAAGCAAAAAGCGUUAAUUCGGAAAAGGGCAUGAGAAUAAUGAAUUAGAUGUCAUAAUUUAUUUUCUGCUAAUAGAAAAAUAUAAUUUUAAUUAGAAAAAAUGUAGAUAAACGAGUUGAUAAAAUAAAACACUGCUUUUUUUAAAACUGA